CGUCCGGUUGCCGUCGGUCCUUGCGGUGGUCGUCUAUGUGCCGAUGGCCGUGCCGGCGGCUCUGAUCCCCCCGGGCCAGCUGGCGGCCCCGCAGCCCGCCGUUCCCGGCUCGGCAUCCUCCUCGGGCUCGUCGGUCUGCGGCGCGGAGGAUGCUCCGGACCCGCUCCCGCUCCCGCUCCCGGCGGCGGCCGUGCCAAUCCCGGAUCCGAUCCCCGCCGGGGCGGCCUCGACGGCAGCACCGUCGGUGGGAGCCCCUGCAGCGGCGGGGCCGAGCCUGCCCAUCACCGGGGCGACGGUCACCUCCCCCGGCAACGGCGGAGGAGGAGGCGGAGGAUGCUGCAGCCCGAGCUCCACCGCCUCCAUCGCCAUCCACACCGCCAGCACCACCAACGGCGCCGCCCCCCCCGUCCCCUCCAAGCCCGUCUACUCGACCCCGUCCCCGGUGGAGAACACCCCCCAGAAUAACGAGUGCAAGAUGGUGGAUCUGCGGGGGGCCAAGGUGGCCUCCUUCACCGUGGAGGGCUGCGAGCUCAUCUGCCUGCCCCAGGCGUUCGACCUGUUCCUCAAGCACCUGGUCGGGGGCCUGCACACCGUCUACACCAAGCUGAAGCGGCUGGAGAUCACGCCGGUGGUGUGCAACGUGGAGCAGGUGCGCAUCCUCAGGGGGCUGGGGGCCAUCCAGCCCGGGGUCAACCGCUGCAAACUCAUCUCCAGGAAGGAUUUCGAGACCCUCUACAACGAUUGCACCAACGCGAGUUCCAGACCUGGAAGGCCUCCUAAGAGGACUCAAAGUGUCACCUCUCCAGAGAACUCCCAUAUUAUGCCACAUUCUGUCCCUGGCCUAAUGUCUCCUGGAAUCAUCCCACCAACAGGUCUGACAGCAGCAGCAGCUGCAGCUGCAGCUGCUACCAACGCAGCCAUAGCAGAAGCAAUGAAGGUGAAAAAAAUCAAAUUAGAAGCUAUGACCAACUAUCAUGCCAGCAAUAACCAGCAUGGGGCAGAUUCUGAAAAUGGAGAUAUGAAUUCAAGUGUUGGCAGCUGUGAUGGUUCUUGGGAUAAGGAAAAACUUCAGUCUCCCCCAACCCAAGGAUCUCAGGCCUCUGUUAACCACCCCAGCUUGCCUGGACAGCAUAAUCUUCCUGUUAGUCAUCCUCUCAACCCUCAUCAGCAGAACCAUCUUCUGCCAAAUGGACUGGAACUUCCUUUUAUGAUGAUGCCCCAUCCCCUAAUUCCCGUGAGCCUACCUCCAGCAUCUGUUACCAUGGCAAUGAGCCAGAUGAACCACCUCAGCACUAUUGCGAAUAUGGCGGCAGCAGCACAGGUUCAGAGUCCUCCUUCCAGGGUUGAGACAUCUGUUAUUAAGGAACGAGUUCCAGACAGUCCCUCCCCAGCCCCGUCCCUUGAAGAGGGCAGAAGACCAGGAAGCCAUCCCUCCUCUCAUCGCAGCAGCAGCGUUUCCAGCUCCCCAGCCCGGACUGAGAGCUCUUCAGACAGAAUCCCUGUCCAUCAGAAUGGGCUCUCCAUGAAUCAAAUGCUCAUGGGUUUAUCACCAAAUGUCCUACCCGGCCCAAAAGAGGGGGAUCUGGCUGGCCAUGAUGUUGGACAUGAAGCAAAAAGGAUACACAUUGAAAAAGAUGAGACCCCGCUCUCCACACCAACCGCCAGAGACAGCCUUGACAAACUUUCUCUAACUGGGCAUGGUCAACCGCUUCCUCCAGGUUUUCCAUCUCCUUUUCUAUUCCCUGAUGGAUUGUCCUCCAUAGAGACCCUACUGACUAACAUCCAGGGGUUGUUAAAGGUUGCCAUAGACAAUGCCAGAGCUCAAGAAAAGCAGGUCCAACUGGAAAAGACAGAGCUGAAAAUGGAGUUAUUCCGGGAACGAGAAUUACGGGAAACUCUGGAAAAACAGUUGGCUGUGGAGCAGAAGAACAGAGCAAUAAUUCAAAAGAGGUUAAAGAAAGAAAAGAAAGCAAAGAGGAAAUUACAGGAAGCACUCGAAUUUGAGACUAAACGGCGGGAACAAGCAGAACAGACACUGAAACAGGCUACUUCAACAGAGAGUCUCAGGGUCUUAAAUGACUCCCUGACCCCAGAGAUAGAAGCUGACCGCAGCGGGGGCAGAACAGAUGCUGAAAGGACAAUACAAGAUGGAAGACUUUAUUUGAAAACAUCUGUUAUGUACUGAAUCUUUCCUGUAGAAGAAACCUGUGCUGUAACUUUGCAGUAAGACAUUCAACAUGGAGAAAGCAAAGUGCUUUCAAAGUAACUUCUUCAACAUUGUGCAUCAAUGUUCCUCAAAGGUUCAAAGCAAUCUACACGACAGUUGUGUCCAGUGGUUGUUAUCACCUGUGGCUCAACCCAGAGACCCAGAGAAUGUUUGUAAAUUACCAGAAUCUCACUUCUUGCAGUCAGUCACUGAAAACUUUUCUCCUGGACCUUUGUAAACAGAGUUACAGGCAGGUCUGAACUAGGCCUGGCAUUAUGGUCUUUUUUUUUUUAUGGAAUGAAAACAUUGCCCUUCCCUGACAAUUCUGUAUUGAGCACAUCAAGAAAACCUUCCUACAGUGACCACCAAACUUUAAGACUGUUAUGCCCUUUGGAAACCAGCAAAACAUCCCAGAAGUGAACCUACAAAAGGACUAAAGAGGAUUCCUUAAAAAUGAAAUAAUAAGAUGAAGAAUAUAGCCCUCUUACAUUCAGUUAUAAUCCUUUGACUUCAGGAUUUCUCCUGAAGAUAUAUUUUGCUCUUGGUCUCAUAUUUUUCUCUUGGGCUAUGGAUGGGUAUCAAAUCCCAUACAGUGAAAUGUAAUUUGUAUUGGGGAACAGAUCAGUGAAUGUAAGCCAAACCAUUUUAUGCUAUAAAAAAGCCUCUUUUUCCUAAAAAAAAGGUAGAAAUGUAAAACCUCAACUUGGCAGAGUUUAGGAAAAAUGAAAAAUACUUUGCUCCUAAUUCCAACUGUUGGUCAUAUGUACAGUAUAUAAACAUAACAUCCAAGGAAGGUAUAAUGUAUGCAGUAGAAUAAUAGAGUUUAGGAAAACGAAACUUUUAGAUAAUAUGUUUUGUCACCCUGUUGGUCAGAAAGACGCCUUUCUAGUUUUAACGCAUGCAGGCAUGUAAAUAUUUGUCCUGGAGUCACAGUAUUAAUGAAUGAGAUCUUAAGCAUCUGGUGAUGUCAGAAUUCUGUAUCAGCCACUUUUAUUUGUAUAUUGAAUCUUGGUUAGUGCCCCAAAGAAGCACUUUUAAGAAUGAACUGUGGCUGAGCAGCAAGUCAAAAGCACCAGAAAUAUUUUUAUAUGUUAGUCAUAUUAUGUUAAUGUUGCUGAAAAACAAAACCUAACGAACACUUGAUGUAUCAGUCCAAUAUCACGUAGCUCUGAGUGAUAAAGUUGAAGUUUGUUGUCCUUCCCAUAUGUGUCAUAGGGAAGAGUGGUUAUGUGUUUUUUGUUUUUUUUUCACUGUCCUUCUGAAAGCUACAGUAUGUAUUUUCACCUUUGUGCAGAUAACUGGAAAAAUAAACUGCAACACAGUGCUUAUUGCAUUUGAAAGUUAUGUUCUUUAUUUGGCAUAAUUUUGGGUUGCCCCUUUAAAGACUGAUUUUGUGAUUUAGCACUGUUACUGAUUGCUUAGUGAUUUGCUCUCUUCAUUCUUAAAGUUUAUAUUCAGAAAAUAUUAUUUAUUAUAUGACAUGAAUCUCAACCAUAAAUGUCGAUGGUAACUUCCUUAAAAAGUCUUUAGAGAUGGAUCUGAUUCAACAGUAAUAUUGUGUUUGUUCAAAAAGCCCCAAAUGUUUUGUGAAAAGUAAUAUUAAGUUCUAUCUGCUUUCAUCUUCCUUCAGUGUGGUACAUAUUUGCUUCAUGUACUGCAUAUCUAGACCACCACAAUCUUUCUAAAGAAUUGCUGUAUAUAAAAGUUCACAUUUUAGUUUUCAAUAAAAAUACAGCAGUGUUUUUCAUUUAAAAUAUUGUUAUUAAUACUUUCUGUAAUUUCUUUUCUAAAGCGAGUUUGUUCAAAAACAUCCAUUUAUUGCUAUACCUCGAGAACUUUUUGUUCCAUUUGCAAGUCUUUAAAGGGUAACAGCUCUAAAGUUAGAUGAACCCUUGGCAAACUUUUGAAUCAUUUGUUCUUCAAAAGAGAAAAAGCCUACAACUGAAAUAAGUAGUAGCAUCUGCCAUUGCUCUGCUCCUUGCAUAGAGUCAUCUGUAAGUAGGUUUAAUAGUUUUACAAUUUAUACUUUCAAGACCUUUGGAAACAACUCAGUGUUUGUUUUGACAUUAAAGGAAAAUGUUAACAUGAAUUAAAGGGGAAACCCCCUAAAGUGGAUAUUAAAGAAAUAAUCUAACAUGGUGUAAAUAUAAUAAUUCAAGAAAUGUUUCUAAGUUAAGUUGUUUUGCCCCUCUUUAGUUAUACAGAUUUUACCUUUUUUUGCAUAGAUGAUAAAUAAAAGUUGUGCUUAUGUUAUUGUUUAUAUGCUUUUGUAAUCUUAAAGCUAUUAAUAUCUAGUUGUUCUAUAUUAUAACCACAUUUGCGCUCUAUGCAAGCCCUUGGAACAGAACAUACUCAUCUUCAUGUAGGACCUAUGAAAAUUGUCUAUUUUUAUCUAUAUAUUUAAAGUUUUCUAAAAAGGAAAAAAAGGUUAUUACGAAUUUUGUUGUACAAAAUCUGUACAAAAAUCUGUUUUUACAUCAUAAUGCAAGAAUUGGAAUUUUUCUAUGGUAGCCUAGUUAUUUGAGCCUGGUUUCAAUGUGAGAACCACGUUUACUGUUAUUGUAUUUAAUUUUCUUUUUCUUUUCAACAAUCUGCUAAUAAAACUGUCUGAAAUCUC